CGGGAUGCGCGCUCGGAGCCGCCGCCUCAGGCCCUUGAAUUGCUGCAGGUGUCGUGGGGGAACCUAGUUCCUGCCACCACCUCCCCGCCCCCAUUUGCCACUUCCAGCAGCCUGCGAGGAGGAUGUGAGCGGGCCUGAGUCAGGAGCCACGUGGAAGCAUGGAGACCGUGGUGAUCGUUGCCAUAGGCGUGCUGGCCACCAUCUUUCUGGCUUCAUUUGCAGCCUUGGUGUUGGUUUGCAGGCAGCGCUACUGCCGGCCCCGAGACCUGCUACAGCGCUAUGAUUCCAAGCCCAUUGUGGACCUCAUUGGUGCCAUGGAGACCCAGUCUGAGCCCUCCGAGUUAGAACUGGAUGAUGUUGUCAUCACCAACCCCCACAUCGAGGCCAUUCUGGAGAACGAAGACUGGAUUGAAGAUGCCUCGGGUCUCAUGUCCCACUGCAUUGCCAUCCUGAAGAUUUGUCACACUCUGACAGAAAAGCUUGUUGCCAUGACAAUGGGCUCAGGGGCCAAGAUGAAGACUUCAGCCAGUGUCAGCGACAUCAUUGUGGUGGCCAAGCGUAUCAGUCCCAGGGUGGACGACGUUGUGAAAUCAAUGUACCCUCCAUUGGACCCCAAGCUCCUGGAUGCGCGGACGACUGCCUUGCUCCUGUCUGUCAGUCAUCUGGUGCUGGUGACCAGGAAUGCCUGCCAUCUGACUGGGGGCCUGGACUGGAUUGACCAGUCAUUGUCAGCUGCUGAGGAACACUUGGAAGUCCUUCGAGAAGCAGCUCUGGCUUCUGAGCCAGAUAAAGGCCUCUCAGGCCCUGAAGGCUUCCUGCAGGAGCAGUCAGCAAUUUAGUGCCUGUAGGCCAGCAACUAGCCAUGAAGGCCAGCCUGGGUGGCUCAGCUGAGCCUUCUGCUUUUUCCUGUAGAGUUAGUUGUUCUUCACAGCCAAGGAGUCCAGUUGUGGGUGCAUAGUAAAGCAGGAGAGCCUCUGUUGCAAUUGCAAAUUGUGGCUGGUGAGUGGCAGUCUAACACCACAGUUAGAGGAGGUGCCAUUCACCACCCAUACAGAAGAGCGUUGAAAACUAGUGGCUUUUCAGCUUUAUUUAGCUCACCUAUUGUUUCUAAGAAAAUUGAGCCACCUCCUAAGAAAUCAAGAGGUUUCACAUUAAAAUCAGAAUUUCUGGCUUCUCUUGAAUAAUCAGAAGGCCUGGCAAUUCUGAUUUGCAUUUUCAGAAGAGGACAAUCAAUUAGAACUAGUAGGGAUUGCCUCUUUUGGCAAGACCUGUACUCUUUCAUGUGGCAUGUUUCAUUUAUUUGUAUUAUAUGCCUGGUCCCUGAGGAGUCUGAAUCCCUCCUCCCUCUUGGGUUUGGGCUUGAAGCUGAGCACUACAAAGUUGAUUAUUUCCUUUUUAUCAUUAUGCCUGCAAUUUUUCCUAGCUACCAUUAGGUGGAUAGUAAAUUUAUACUUAUGUUUUCCUCAA